UGGCGGAGGCAGCGCCGGCGGCGGGCACGGCGCCGCAAGGGAACUGAGGCGGGGAGCGCGGCUGGGGGAAGCGGCUUUCAGCGGUGUGGUGGGACGGGGGCACGGUGGUGAGUGGGACGACGCAGAGGCAGCAGCAGCAGCAGCAGGACAGAGACGGUGGCGGUGCCGCCGCCACUGUUUUCAGAAAAGUAUUUCGAUGUGAUACUUAACCUUGGUCAUCGCCGCUUGGAGAGCGGCAGCCUCAUGCUUCAGAGAUAACUGCAGUUUGAAUUACAGGAAGAGCAUGUGUACAGAGUUCGGUGACAGAAUAUUUAAGGUACAUGGGCAUUCGGUGGCAAGUACAACUGAAGAAGGUCUGACUGUCUGCAGGAAUCAGCUGAACUUGAGUGUGUAGAGCCAGAAUUGCCAGCAGACCUAGAAGAGGAGCUAAUCGGAAGAACAUUGCUAGACAUAGAAGAAGUGGAAUCUUCUGCAACAAUCAUUAACUGAAUAAAUAUAUCAGUAAAAACAUCAGCACUGAAACAGCAGAUCCUGGUGCUUUUUGAUUCUUUGGUGGAUUUUAUUACUUACACAUUGCUACUGACAUUAUUAUCUCACUUAAUGCAUCUUGACUUUCUCUGUGCAUAAAAAUAUAACUGGACAGUUGCAUUUUGACACUGUUUAAUAGCAGAUUUGAAUGUUAAAUCGUUUGCCAAGAUGAGUGCUGAAGGGUAUCAAUACAGAGCUUUAUAUGACUACAAAAAAGAGCGAGAAGAGGACAUUGACUUGCACUUAGGAGAUAUAUUAACUGUGAAUAAAGGUACCUUGCUAGCACUUGGAUUCAGUGAAGGAGAAGAAGCAAAACCUGAGGAAAUUGGCUGGUUAAACGGCUGUAAUGAAACCACAGGGGAGAGGGGGGAUUUCCCAGGAACAUAUGUAGAGUACAUUGGAAGAAAAAAAAUAUCUCCCCCAACUCCAAAGCCUCGUCCUCCUCGACCCCUUCCUGUGGCACCAAGUCCUGCAAAAGUUGAAGCAGAGACAGAGCAACAAGCUUUUUCCCUUCCGGAUCUUACAGAGCAGUUUGUACCUCCUGAUAUUGCUCCACCGAUUCUCAUGAAGAUAGUGGAAACAAUUGAAAAGAAAGGUCUAGAGUGCUCAACUUUGUAUGGAACACAAGGUUCAAGCAGCUUAGCAGAAUUAAGACAGAUGCUUGAAUGUGAUGCCUCUUCACUGGAUUUAGAGACAUUUGAUGUGCAUACUUUAGCAGAUGCUCUAAAGAGGUAUCUCCUGGACCUGCCAAAUCCCAUUAUUCCAGCAGCUGUUUACAGUGACAUGAUUUCUGUAGCUCAAGAAGUGCAGAGCACAGAGGAAUAUGCUCAGUUGCUGAAGAAACUCAUCAGAUCUCCAAAUAUACCUCCCCAGUAUUGGCUCACACUCCAAUAUUUGCUCAAACAUUUCCUCAGAGUUUGUCAAGCCUCCAGCAAAAAUCUCUUGAAUGCAAGGUCUCUGGCUGAAAUUUUCAGCCCUCUGCUUUUCAAGUUCCAGGUAGCAAGCUCUGAUAAUACAGAACUACACAUAAAAAUCGUAGAAGUCUUAAUCACAAGUGAAUGGAAUGAGAGACAGCCUGUACCAGCACUGCCUCCUAAGCCACCAAAACCUAAUACUGUAACUAACAACAGCAUGAAUAACAACAUGUCAUUACAAGAUGCUGAAUGGUACUGGGGAGAUAUCUCAAGAGAAGAAGUAAAUGAGAAGCUUCGAGACACAGCUGAUGGUACCUUUCUGGUACGAGAUGCUUCAACCAAAAUGCACGGUGACUACACACUCACACUGAGGAAAGGAGGAAAUAACAAAUUAAUCAAAAUAUUUCAUCGAGAUGGAAAAUAUGGCUUUUCUGAUCCUCUGACUUUCAACUCUGUGGUUGAGCUAAUAAACCACUACCGGAAUGAAUCUCUAGCCCAGUAUAAUCCUAAACUGGAUGUAAAAUUACUGUAUCCAGUGUCUAAAUACCAGCAGGAUCAAGUUGUAAAAGAGGACAGCAUUGAAGCAGUGGGAAAGAAAUUACAUGAAUAUAAUACACAGUUCCAAGAGAAAAGCCGAGAAUAUGACAGACUCUAUGAAGACUACACAAGAACAUCUCAGGAAAUUCAAAUGAAAAGAACAGCUAUUGAAGCAUUUAAUGAAACAAUAAAAAUAUUUGAAGAGCAGUGCCAGACUCAAGAAAGAUAUAGUAAGGAGUACAUUGAAAAAUUUAAACGGGAAGGAAAUGAAAAAGAAAUACAAAGGAUUAUGCACAACUAUGAAAAACUGAAGUCUCGAAUAAGUGAAAUUGUGGACAGCAGGCGCAGAUUAGAAGAGGAUUUAAAGAAGCAAGCAGCUGAGUAUAGAGAGAUAGACAAGCGUAUGAACAGCAUUAAGCCAGACCUGAUACAGCUGAGGAAGACAAGAGAUCAGUACUUGAUGUGGCUGACUCAAAAAGGUGUUCGUCAAAAGAAGCUAAAUGAAUGGCUUGGAAACGAAAAUACAGAGGACCAGUACUCUAUGGUGGAAGACGAUGAGGACUUGCCCCAUCAUGAUGAAAGAACAUGGAAUGUGGGAAAUAUUAAUAGAAGCCAAGCUGAAAAUCUGCUGCGAGGAAAACGAGAUGGAACAUUUCUUGUUCGAGAGAGCAGCAAACAAGGCUGCUAUGCCUGCUCUGUUGUGGUGGAUGGAGAAGUAAAGCACUGUGUGAUAAACAAAACACCUACUGGGUAUGGAUUUGCAGAGCCAUAUAACUUGUACAACUCCCUUAAAGAACUGGUGCUACAUUAUCAACACACAUCACUCGUGCAGCACAAUGACUCUCUCAAUGUCACACUAGCCUACCCAGUAUAUGCACAGCAGAGGCGAUGAAGAUCUUAAUACUUUGGGUUGUUUGUUUUUUUCCUAAAGAAAAGAUUUUACAGCAUUGAGGCCUCUGGAGAGAAAAGGCUCCUUUCAGCCUUACUCAAGGAUUUGAUCUGCUGUGUCAAAGCUAUUUGUCUUCAGAUGAGACUGGAGUUUUCCUUCACAACUGCAGUUGGAGAGAUGACACAGUAUUAAGCUGUGAUUGUAUGUUUCUAGUCUGAAAUGCUUUUUAAAAAAAUUUAAGAAAAAGGGAAAAAAACCCCAACAAAAACCAACAACACAAGAGAGAGAAAUCCAAACCUGAUCUCCCUGCAGGGACAUAGAGGCCUUUAACCAUGGUGCUUGUUUACGACCACUUCUGAAGCUUUACCAGCUAGAACAUUGGAUUCUCGUGACACAAGGUAUAAGAGGUUUCUGUUGUUCAGUAAUUGGAAUUGUGUGGUCACAACGUGGUUUGGAUUUGUGUUGCUGCACUCAGUGGAUCCAGACACAGAGCAUUGUGGAUUUUUUUUGGUUUCUGGUGAAUGAUAUGUAGCAGAACGGCACUUUCACUUCUGAGUGACACUUUAAAAGGACUUCAGUUAACAGUAUGUUUGAUUUCAGAGUAAUUGUAAUAGCAAAGUGCCAGAAAGUGUUUUGCUUAGACAUUUAAAAAUCCUGUUAUAAGAAUAUAUUUAAGACUGAAAUAAACAGGACGUUCAAUGGCAUACAGUAUAUAAUGUACAUAGUAUUGGAUGACUAACUAUCAUUGAUGGAAAGUAUCAAUACCAAACUGCUUCUCUUUCUUCUUUGCUAAAAGCUGAAUUCUUAGACCAUGCUAUGCAAUACUGAUUUUUCUUUAGGCUGUAGUCUUCUACAUAUCUACAGGUUAAGCUAGUUUUUCUUUCAUGUUUCCUUGACUGCUUCUUUCUUUUGCUUGAAAGUAUUUUUCCUGAUAAUUUUUUUUGCUUAUCUAUUUUGUAGUUUGGUUGGGUUAUUUUGUUGUUGUUGUUGUUGUUAUUGUUGUUGUUGGGGGGUUUUUGUGUUUUGGGGGUGGACUGGCGUUAGUUGUUUUGAUUGGGGGUUUUUUGGGGGGGAGUGGAUGGAGUUGUUUUGGUUUUGGUUGGGGUUUGUUUUGUGGUUUUGCUUGUUUGGUUGGUUUUGGGUUUUUGUUAGGUGUUUUGGGAUUGUUUGUUGUUGUGUAGGGGGUUUUGGUUUUUGUUUGUUGGUUUAUUUUGUUGUUUGUUUUUUUAUGUACAGGAAGCCAACAAGAGUUGGCUUCAAAGUUAAAACUAUGAAAUAUUUUACGAUUUUCUUUGUACAGAAUAUUGAGCUACUAGCUCAAAAGUUCUUAAAGUACAUAAUCUUCUUUUUUUUUGGACUGAAUAUUUUGUUGGGCAGUGCCUGAUAAGCAUCAAAGCUGCUUUAUUCAAUAAAAAAAUAUAUGAACAUUAUGAAAUAUCACUGAGUCCAACAAUAUUGUUUCAGAGAUAUCUUUAGAAUACGGUACCACUCUAUGUUUGCUUCUUGAAGCAUUUUGAACAUCUGUCAUGGUUGUCUUUGUAUUUCGAAGACAAAAAAUUGUGUAUCCUUCUCUGAUAAUGAUUUCAGAUAAAACAGGAGAAAUUUGGCUACUGUAGUAGAUAGUUUGGAUCUCAGAAUUAAUCUAAUCUUCACAGUAAAUAAAUGACUUUUAGGUCUACUGUGGCAGAAUUUUUGUCAUCAUGUAAAGGUAUUCUCAUUUCAUAUGAAGGAAGUUUCUUUAACCUGUUACCUAGGUUUGUAUUUUUUAUUAGUAUCGUGACAAAAUAUCUCACAUCUUUGCUGAGAAUGUUUGGACCCAACAUAAAGCUAAUUAGGACAGUUUAGUAAUUAUUGCCUAUUAUACCUAACAUUUUGGAUUUAUUUUCACAAAUUAUAGGCUGAGGCAGUAUCAGAAUAAACACUUCAAUAAUUUCAGGCACCAGAGACUUACAGAAGUAUAGUUUAGUUAAAGUAAACAAAGAGAUUAAUCCCAUUAAAGCAAAUUUGUUAGGGGUUCAUUGUGGGUAGUUUGCAGUGGUUAUUUAAUCAUCCUGCCCACUGGGAAAAUUCACAGAUUGAUAAAAGUAGUGAAGUUCAGAGAAAUCUUGGAGAAGUUGACUAAAUGAACACAGAAAUUUCUUCUUCCCCCAAGAUGCAAAGGCAAGACUUAUUACUAUUAAAGAGAGUUGCACAACAUAAUCAAAAGAGUAAAACCUAUGUUGUUCUCUCAUCACUGUUUGGUUUUAGAGAUAGAUGUGUCUCUUUUUUUUUACAUUAUUUCUUCAUUUCUGAGACUGUAAGGCUUUUGGGUUUAUUUUGAUGUUGUGCUCUUUUUUUCUCCUUGAGUUGUCCAUACUUUCCUAUAAAUGUAUUUCCAUAUUAGAAUUUAUAUCAGAAAACAAAAUUCAAGCAACAUUAAUGUUUCGUGGUAGUCAUAAUUUCCAAAAUAAUUUGUAAUGUUUCUGAAUAGAAAGUGUAGGUCUUUGUCCCUUCUUUUCCUCAUUCCACACUCUUUCCAAGCCUGUAGGACCAUGUAAGUUUGGGUUACUAAUAACUGGUUUUUACUAUGAAAAAGCACCAACGAUUACUCUAGCAUGCCAGUUAUACUACUGGGCUUGAAGUUACAAAUUAGUUCAGUAUACAACAGUUUAACACUUGUAGCAAUCCAAGAUACUCUUUGGACAUAUAUUAAUUUCUGGAUGUUGAGUAUUUUAAGAGUAAAAUUGUAUUUUUUUUUCUCUAUAAGCAAAAUAUAUGUAAUCUGAAUUGAUGUUUUAUGUAGCAUUUGUCAGCAAAUUUUGUCGUAGUUAAGGCUUUUGGAUCUAAUUUUCUUCAUUUUAAGAAAACUUCUGCUAUGUCAGUGGGCCAUAUCCUUAGCAUGCCCAGCCCAGUAUGGAAUUUCAUUUGUUCCUUUUGUGCUGUAUAACUUCUCUUCAUCUGUGGUUGUAGCAGAGAAAAAAAAAUAGUGUGUGUGCUAAUUUGGCACUUGGCUUUUCUUGCACAAGCAACAACAAGAAAUAAGCACUAUGUUGUGGGGAUAAAUGCUUAGGGCUUCUUAAGGGGAUAUUCUGCCUACACAGGGUCUGUGCAAUUUGCAAGGAUCACUUACACCCUCACAUUGGCAUGAGUGGGUUUUCUUUGGUACUUAAGUAUUGUGUGGCCUCUGCAUUUCCUUCCCUCCUUAAUGCACAGAGCUAAGUCCUGCCAAAGGCCCUAUUCACUGCAGAACUGUUUGUCCCUAAUGUACCAUAUUGUUCACUCCAGUUUUGAUCUCAGAUGAAUAUAUACAGGAAAAAAAAGGCAUGUUGGAUAUAAUGAAAACAAACAGCAGUGCUUUUCUGUAUUUCUAUUGACAUGUAGUUUUUCCAUCUAACAAAAUUCAACUGUGGGACUUUUUUCUUAAUUUUUGUUUGUUUGUUAGGGGGAUUUUUUUGUUUGUUUGUUUAUUUUAAGUCUCUGAGUUAUGCCUCACCGUAGCCUUUUCACACGGCCUUUGCAAAGUGUGAGACAUGACACAGAGAACUAAAACCCACAAGCAAAAUUAGGAGUUUCUGGUUUUCUUAAGUAGAAAUUUGAGUAUGAAGUCUGGGGACGUGUAUCUGUGCAUAAGCAUACGCACAUGCUGUGUUUAAGCACAAAGGGACCCCCAGUAUGGGUGCAUUUUCACCAGACAUCAUAAUUUUGCUGAACUGAGUAAGUGAGAAUAUUAACUUUGUUUAAAGACACACGCACACACACACACAUUAGACCUGUGUGGGUACAGCAUGUUUCCAAAUGCAGUUAGAAAAAAGGAGUUUCUGUGUUGUUGGAUAUUUUCGUUUAAAAAAAAAAAAAAAAAAAAAAAGGAAAAAAAGAACAAAAAAAAGAACAAAAAAAAGAGGCAAAAAAAGCAAGCUUGUUGUAUGGUUCAAUUAUCUAAGAAAUCUUGUCAAGAAAUCUGUGAAACCAAAUCUUCAAAUUUUCUAUUUGGUGUCAACUGUUCUGUAGUGAAGAAAUGGCUUUGUCUUGUAAUUGGCAUUGAAAUAAUAAUGCUUCUAAUGGGGAAAACUUCUGCCGAUUUUCACACAGUGCUUUUGCUAUGCAUGGUAUUAAGUUGGGAGAGUGAAUCCUGAUACUACCUUUUUUUCAGGGUCACUUCAGAUAACGGGCAGCUGUAAGCACAAUGCCUCCCAUGGGACAAGGUUCCAAAAUGUAGCAUUUAAUGUAGAAUCCUGUUGUAUAUCCUGCUGGACUGUAGGAGUUGGGAAUGUUACAUUGCCCUUGUCCUAAUGAGAUUGCAUUAGCUGCCCAAGAUGCUGCUAUCUUUUUUUUUUUUUUUUUGUUAUUAUUCUUAUUUUAAAAAAUAAAGCUCUGUUCUGUUAAAUGUCUUUAAAACUUUAAGAUUACUUUGGUUUAAAAUGGUCUUUGAGGAGGUGGAGGGUGAAAGUGGGUUGUAAAUUGCCUUUGCAAGGCAACAAUGAAAACAUGCCUCCUUGAAAUUUUAUUCAAGCUAUAGCAUUGAUAGAGCUGUGUCUUGUUUUUAAAUUGCUUUUAAAAUUGUAAUAAAUCUUCAAGCAGAAUAAAA